AUGGCUUUGUUGAAUCUCCUUCUGUCGCCAUGGACCAUUGCUGGACUGAUUCCGCUCUGGCUAUCAUUUUAUUACAUAUAUCCCUAUCUCGUGACAUACCGCUCCUUAUACCUUGUCCCCGGACCAUUUAUUGCCAAGUUUAGCAACCUCUGGGUUGGAUUAAGUGCCCGACGUGGACAGAAAUACGCCGCGGUCGACUCGGCACACCGAAAACACGGCAAGGUUGUCCGCAUAGGCUUCAACCAUGUGUCUAUUGCGGAUGAAACUGCUCUCAACAUUGUGUAUGGGCAUGGAAACGGAUUCCUGAAAGAUUAUUACUACGAAGCAUUUGUCGCCCGAACACCAGGCAUGUUCAACGUGCGCGAUCGAGCAGAGCAUACGCGCAAGCGAAAAAUCAUAUCCCAUGCCUUUUCACCGAGAUCAGUUGCCGCGUUCGAGCCUCAUAUGGCGGAUAAUCUGCGGCGGUGGAUAGUACAACUGGAUCGGAUUGCGGCAUCUCGACCUCAACUUGAUAAAGAGGCUUUCAGCCGGUUCAAUGCAAUGCCUUGGUUUAGUUAUCUUGCGUUUGACAUAAUUGGGGAUUUAGCAUUUGGCUCUCCGUUUGGUAUGGUCGAUCGGGGGAAAGAUGAAACUCAGACACAACUUGUGGAAGGAGGGCCUAUUUCAUAUGCCUCGGCGGUUGAGGCUAUCAAUCGACGCGGCGAAAUAUCUUCGACGUUAGGCCUUCUCCCGGCACUGCGGCCAUGGGCGAGAUAUCUUCCCGAUCCAUUCUUCACAAAGGGCGUCGCGGCAGUGGAGAAUCUCACUGGAAUUGCUGUCGCUGCUGUUGCAUCUCGAUUGGAUGCUGCGGAGAAAGGGAUCGCAGAUUCGCGCAACGAUAUUCUGUCGCGCUUGCUUCAAGCCGAAGAUGCCAACGGAAAACCUAUGGGUCGAGAUGAGCUCAUUGCGGAGGCACUCACGCAGCUGAUCGCUGGUUCUGACACAGUCUCUAACACAUCCUGCGGUAUUUUCUACUGGAUACUUCAUGGGGAGCGCAACGCACCAAACACAAUAGUUCCUCGGUUACAAGAGGAGCUCGACCGGGAAAUUGGUCCAGAUGAAGAUAUUGUGAACUACUCGCAGGUCAAAGACCUUCCCUUCUUGCGAAGAUGCAUUGACGAAGCGAUGCGCCUGCACUCAACCUCAGCUAUCGGUCUACCUCGUCUGGUAGCUGAUACCUGUGCAGGUAUCGAAUUCGAGGGAUUUUAUUUCCCACCUGGGACUGUUCUUUCAGUGCCAUCAUAUACAAUUCAUCACAUGAAGGAGAUCUGGGGCGACGAUGUUGAAGAGUUCAAACCAGAUCGUUGGUUGAAUCUCACUCCCCGGCAAAAGAUCGCAUUCAAUCCAUUUUCAUAUGGCCCUCGAGCAUGUGUUGGGCAAAAUGUUGCUAUUAUGGAGCUGCAACUGAUUAUUGGCACUCUGUUCCAUCGAUAUGACUUUUCUUUGUAUCAAGCGGCCAUGGAAUCCCACGAGGGCUUUUCUAAGAAGCCCAGGGAGUGUCAUGCAGGUAUCAGACUGAGGAAACAGAAUUAA